CGGAGGGCGCAGGCACUUUUACGCACCCAUUUGUAUCGCGCCCUUUUAAGGGCAAAUCUGAUUUUUGGGGGAGUUUGUUGCAUGUGGUAAAGCUCAGCGAGAUGCUGCUGGGUGUGCUCUCCUUCGCGCGCGCUCCUUUUUGUGAAUGGAGAUGAGUCGUGCGUAAAAAAAUAUAUAUAUAUACAUUUUGAAAAAAGCGGACGUCCCAUUUGCGGCCAUCUGUUUGCAGGUGGACAUCUACUAUGACAUUGGGCUCGGAGAUUAUGGAGGAUCCCGUUAUCGACGUGGUGGGAGAAGGGCUGAGAGAGAACGGAGGGGAGCAGACGGAGCCGGGGCGCACCACGGACGCGCUGACACCUCACGGGGAGGAGCGGGACUCGGACUCGUGCAGCCCUCCGCAAGCGAAAGGUCCCGCGUCGGUGAAGCCUCCGUAUUCCUACAUCGCCCUCAUCACCAUGGCCAUCCUGCAGAGUCCCAAAAAGCGGCUCACUCUCAGCGAGAUCUGUGAUUUUAUCAGCCACCGCUUCGUCUACUACCGGGAGAAGUUCCCCGCCUGGCAGAACUCGAUCCGGCACAACUUGUCCCUCAACGAUUGCUUUAUAAAGAUGCCCAGGGAGCCUGGGAACCCCGGGAAGGGCAACUAUUGGACCCUGGAUCCGAACUCCUCCGAUAUGUUUGAGAACGGCAGUUUUUUGCGCAGGAGGAAGCGCUUCAAGCGCCAACAUUUUCGGUACAAGGAGCACCACCACCAUCACUUGGAGCCCGGCGCACUGCACGCCUUCCCCCACGGACACUACGGCCUGGGGGCACCCGCGCUCCAGAUCCCCGCCCUGGAUAUUUACCCCUACAUGCAUCAACAUCAUCAGCAUCAUCAUCAUCAUCAUCACCACGCAGCCAUCCCACCUGUCAGCAGCAUCUUGCCGGCUCUUUCCAGCUUCUUCUCCCGCAGCGCCAUCACCGCCAAGGCCUUCCUGCACUCACAGCCGGCCAUCGAAGCCUUCUCGGCGGCUCAGUGCGCCGCCUACUCCGCCCCGAUGGCUCCCGGAACCGCUUUCACGUCCCCGGCGCUUUUCCACCCGGCCGUGUCCUCGCCCCACGUGCAAGUCACCUUGCAGCAGGAGUUUCACAAGUUGCACACUCAGCGUGGAGCUUGUGAGCUGGCAGCUAAACACGUCGGUGACGAUGAUGAAUAAAAAAAAAAAAAAAAAAAAUGGUGCAUGCGCGGGACUUUGAAUUCUCUCAGGUAACGAAGACGAUGUCGUCAAUCCGUACAAAUGUUGUUUUAUUUUUUUAUACUUGUACGUCUGUACCCCUUCUUGUACUUCUUUUUAA